AUGAACACUCGAGCAAUCCAUGCAUCGUCAACAACGCUACGAAUCCCUAACUAUCAACAUCUCCUUCGCUCUUGCUCCUCCCCGAGCUCUCUCCUCCGAAUCCAUGGCCGUCUCAUCGUCCUCGGCGCCCUCUCCGACGAUCCCACCCGCACCCUCCUCCUCAAUUCGUACUCCUCCUUGCAUUUGCCCGACGCCGCGGUCUCCGUCUUCAACUCCUCCACAAACCCUAGCAUUAUCCUCUGGAACUCUAUCAUCCGAUGCCUCACUAGAAAUGGCCGCCAUUCCCAUGCUCUCCGCUUCUAUCACGAUAUGCUCGACCGUGGCGUCGAACCCGAUAGGUACACCUUCACUUUUGCCCUUAAGGCGUGCGCUGGAUGCUUGGAUUUUCAUUGCGGGGCGUUGAUUCAUCAGGAGAUUGAUAGUAGAGGAUUGCAGGGCGAUGUCUUCAUCUCCACUGGCCUCGUGGAUAUGUAUGCAAAAUCGGGGGCGAUUGAUGUUGCGUGUCAGGUGUUCGAUGCAAUGCCUGAACCGGAUGUUGUAUCUUGGAAUGCGAUGAUUGCUGGGUUCGCGCAGAGUGGGAAACCGAGAGAUGCGUUGGAUGUUUUCAGAAAGAUGCUGUUUUUCAAUGUGGCGCCCAAUUUCGUUACGUUCCUGAACUUGUUUCCUGCUGUUGGUCAGUUGUCUGCUGUUCAUUUGUGCAGGGCGAUUCAUGGAUAUGCUGUUAGGGGGUGUCUAUUGCGUAGUGUUUUUAAUGGAUUGAUUGAUGCCUAUGCGAAAUGCGGGAGACCUGAAAUUGCUCGUCGUAUCUUUGAUGGGAUUUCAGAUGCUAGGGAUGAUGUUUCUUGGGGAACAAUGAUUUCAGGUUAUGCCUACAACGGUUGCUUUGCAGAGGCGUUGGAGCUUUUUGAUGAUUUGAAAGGAGAGGAUCUCAAGUUGAAUCAGGUAUCGGUUGUUAGUGCUCUCUCUGCUGCAGCAGAGAUGGAGGAUUUGGAGAAAGGGGUGGAUAUUCACGCUUGUGCAGUGCAGAAAGGAAUGGUUUUUGAUGUUUCAGUCACAACCAUGCUCUUGACAAUGUAUGCAAAGUGUGGGGAUUUAGCAAAGGCUAAAUUGAUUUUUGAAGAAAUGCUGGACAGAGAUAUAGUUGCUUGGUCUGCUAUGAUCUCAGCUUGUGCCCAAAUGGGUCGUCCGGAGGAAGCAAUAUUCUUUUUUCGGGAGAUGUUUAGGUCGGGGGUUACUCCCAAUCUUGUCACUGUUGUGAGUGCUCUUCCAGCUUGUGCAGAACUAGCAGGCUUGAAGUUAGGGAAGAGCAUACAUUGCUAUGCCUUGAAAUCGAGUAUUAGUUUUAAUGUGUCUGUUGGGACUGCACUCAUUGCAAUGUAUGCUCAAUGUGGGAACUUUACUUCUGCGCAUGCUUUGUUUGAUCGGUUACCACAUAAAGACAUUGCCUCUUGGAAUGCUUUGAUCAAUGGGUAUGCGCAGAGUGGGGAUGCAGAUAAUGCUUUACGGAUAUUUCAUAGUUUGCAAUCAACAGGACAGCGGCCAGACCGUAUAACAAUGAUUGGUGUGCUUCUUGCUUGCACCAUCUUAAGUGCUCUUGAUGUAGGGCAAUCUGCUCAAGGCCUAGUUAUAAAGAAAGGGCUUGAGGAAAAUCUUCAUGUGAAGAAUGCCAGCAUUGACAUGUAUGCCAAGUGCGGGGACAUUUUUUCUGCGAAGUUCUUAUUUGCCAAGACCAAUUCUAGCAAUGACCUUAUAUCAUGGAACACGAUAAUCAGUGGAUACAUGCACAAUGGGUGUGCCAAUGAUGCAAUAUCUGCUUUUUAUCAGAUGAGAGCAGAUAACCUUAAGCCAAAUUCAGUCACACUUGUGAGCAUAAUUCCAGCCACUGCUUACUUGGCGGCACUAAGACAAGGUCUCGCGCUUCAUUCUUAUGUUAUCAGGACUGGUUUUGAACAUGAUGUUUCAGUGGGGAACAGUAUCAUUGACAUGUAUUCAAAAUGCGGGCAGCUUGAUACUGCCAGGAAAGUUUUUGAUCAUAUGGAAAGUAGAGACACAGUCUCCUGGAAUGUGAUGCUUGCUGGGUAUGCCAUCCAUGGGCUGGGUGAAAGUGCAAUUUCCUUUUUCUCACAAAUGAAAGAAAAGUGUAUUCAGGCAGAUGCAGUAUCAUUUAUUAGCAUCUUAUCGGCUUGCAGACAUGGGGGUCUAAUAGCAGAAGGAAAAAAAAUAUUCAACUCCAUGAAACAUGAAUACAAUCUUGAGCCAAACUUGGAACACUAUGCUUGUGUGGUUGAUAUGUUGGGCCGAGCUGGUCAAUUGGAAGAAGCUUGGAGUUUAAUACAGAGAAUGCCGAUGGCACCAGAUGCUGCUCUUUGGGGAGCUUUAUUGGGUGCUUGUAGAAUGCAUACUAAUGUUUGGAUGGCAGAAAUAGCACUUGAUCACUUGGCUAGACUAGAACCUCAAAAUCCUGGUCAUUACGUGGUUCUAUCGAAUAUAUAUGCUCAGGCCGGAAGGUGGACUGAUGCUAGAAAAAUAAGAGCAGCAAUUAGAAGUACAGGAUCAAGUAAAACUCCAGGAUGCAGCUGGGUGGAGAUCAACAACACAAUUCAUGCUUUUAUGGUAGGAGAUCAGUCCCACCCACAAUAUGAGAGCAUACAAAAAGUGUGGAAUGAGUUGCAUGAUAAGAUGGAGAAGAUGGGAUAUCUUCCAGACACUAGCUCAGUAUUGCACAACGUUGAGGAAGAGGAGAAGGAAUUCUUUCUCUAUAAUCACAGUGAGAGGCUAGCCAUGUCAUUUGCCAUUCUAAAUACAGAACCAGGGAUGACAAUCCAAAUAGUGAAAAACCUCCGUGUCUGUGGGGAUUGCCACGCCGUGACAAAACUGGUCUCAAAGAUCACUGGCCGCAAGAUAAUUGUUCGAGAUGCUAAUCGGUUUCAUCAUUUUGAGAAUGGUUCUUGUUCCUGCAGGGAUUAUUGGUGAUGUUGAUUUCUGAUGCACUAGUAGUAACUCUUGUUGACUGAUGGUGGAUAAUGGUGAAGGUAAUCAUGCAGCAUUUGUUCACAUGAGCUAAAAGAUCUGGAGUUUCUGCAAUGGGCCAAGUUACAUUGUAUUUUAUCACCACCCGCAACUUUACUCCAAGUGAUUGAAUUUAGAUACAGCAUCUAGAACAUACCAUCAUGUGCCCGAUAUGAACAGGUUAUAUUCACUAUGUGAAAUUCUGACGUCAUUGUGAGUUCUUUCAAUGGCAAAUAAUAGCAUUAAAGCCAAAUAAUUGAAAUCAUGUGCAACUAAAGAUGAUCAUAGUUGAAGAUGCUAAAGCAUGGGAUACUGAAGGGCUACCUUUCACCAUUCAAAGUUUUCAUUCUGGACAUCUCUUAUAUAAUAAAGGUGAGAAUGGCACAAGAGAUUACUUUGCUUAGCUGAAAAAAUUAUAAUUUUUUUAAAUUUAUGGUGAUAUGGUUUUAGUAUUCAUUUUGUUGUUUGUUUUAUUUUUAUUUUAUAUUUAUUUAUUUUGAAAAAUCUCAGACUUAUAUGACAAGUAGUUUAUCUGGCUUCCUAAUGAUAGGCAAAAUAGAGAUAACCUGAAGAAGAGCCUUGAACAGAAUUGUUUUUCUUUUUUAAUGUAUCACACAUUGUGCAUUGUGUCUAAUGUAUGAUAAUUAUUUAAAUGUCCUCUUUUGGAGUUGUUUAAUAUCCCAUAAACCUCCUAUUAUUGUUUGAAUAUGUUAUUUGUAUACAUUAGCUUGAUUACCAAUGAGUGAAAUCUAUUUAAUGCAAGGCCUCUUGAAAUAGUGAAAUUACUUGCCACAUUAGCUCUCGAGCAACUUUUGAGGUUUUAAUAUGAGAUUAAAUAAAUUUUUUUUUUUUAAUCCCUCUGUUCGUACACUUUUUAUAAUGCAUAUGUU